AAGAGUAGUAAGGAAAAGGAGAAGGGCUCCAAUGAUGUAGACAUCAAUAAUCUUGUCGAAGAAGUGCCUGUAGGUGACAACAAUCAUGUUGGGGGCAAGAAUAAGAAGGAGAAGAAGAAGAAGAAGCGAAAAAUGGAGCCUAAGAAUGAGAAGAGCAUAGGGUGUUGGGGGGAUGAUACUGAGUUGAAGUCUACAAAGAGUAUCAAGAAGUUGAGGAAAAACAAGAUGGAAUAUGAUCAUGAGUGCUGCCAUGGUAUGGUUUAUGAUUUUGUUAAAGCGAAGGAGCCUCCAAAUGAAUAUUAUCCUGUAGGUGCAGAGAAAAGUGUGGGUAGUAUGGUGGUUUGUAAAAAUGAAGAUGUGUCAGUUGAUGCGACACAGUUGGGACUAAUAACAAAUGAGAGCAUGAAGAAGAAAAAGCAUAACAAGAAGAAAGUUAAAGAAAAAAUUAGUUCCUUGUUGGUCAACGAUGGAGAAAUACUAAAAGAUAAUGCAACUAUUUGUUACAAAAGUGCUGGCAAAGAAGAGAGUUCUGACUGCACAGAAGUUGAAAGGGGUCGACAGAUAGAGAAGAAGAAGAAGAAGAAGAAGAAGAAGCAGAAGAAAUAUGACAAAAUGGACGAGGAUGAUGGUGGCAUUAAAUCCUUGAAAUUGAAAAGCUCUGAUGAAGUGCUUAUUGAGGGCAGGAGAGGUACUGCAAUUGGUAGAGAAAAUUUGGAAGAUAAGGAAUGUGUCGGAGAAGGCAGUACGAAGAGUCAAAGUCAUUCAGUUUCACAUAAGAAGAAGCAGAAAGUGUGUAAUAAGGAAGCAUUUGCUGUGGAGGUGGAGAAAAAUGAUGACCAGAAAAGGAGGAAGAAGGCCAAGUCAGUCAAAGACGUUUUAGUAGAAAAGACUGAUAAGGGUGAUCUAAAAAGGAAAAGGACAUCUAAAGGUGGCGGUCAUUCCCCAAAUUCUAAGAUUUUGGAGCCGUCAAAGAGAGUAAGGUUUUCAGGUCAUGUAGAGAUCUUUCCUUCACCUGAUGCCACCGAUUUAGUGGAGGAAGGUCAAAAAAGGGAUUUGGUGCAGGGCAAGCGGUUCUCAAGAGAAGAAGAUGAGAUGAUCAAAACUGCUGUUUCAAACUACAUAGAGGAACAUGGAUUGGGUGAGGACGGUUUAAAUAAGAUUUUGCACUGCAAAUCCUACCCUGAACUUAUAGGCUGUUGGAAAGAAAUCGCUGCAGCCUUACCUUGGAGAACUCACCAGAGUGUGUAUUACAGAGGGCAUAAUUUGUUUGAAAGGGAUGAUUCGCGUAAAUGGACUGAAGAGGAUUAUGAACUUAUCAGAAGAGUGCAUGAGCAGCAUGGGUCGAAGUGGAAAAUGGUGGCAGAUGUGCUUGGCAAACAUCGGUUUCAUGUGAAGGAUGCGUGGCGCAGAAUAAAGUUGGCCAACAAGAAGAGUGGGCAUUGGUCCCAGGAGGAGUACCAGACUUUAUUUGAUUUAGUGAACAUGGAUUUGCGCAUGAAGGCCUUUGAGGAAAAGAAAUCCAAGCACGGCAUGUUGCGAGAUAAUAUUAGUUGGGGAGCAAUUAGUGACAAGUUGUCCACUCGAACCAAUGUAUCUUGCUGCCAAAAAUGGUAUGGCCAGUUAACAUCACCUAUGGUAGCAGAAGGUUUAUGGGAGGAUGUUGAUGAUUAUCGUAUGCUGAUUGCACUUCAUAGCUUGGAUCCUUCCUGUGUUGAAGAUGUCGACUGGGACAAUCUUCUUGACCACAGGUCUGGAGAUGUUUGUAGGAAACGUUGGGACCAAAUGGUCAAUCACAUAGGCAAGCAUGGGUGCAACUCGUUCGCAGAACAAGUAGAAGUCCUUUCGAAACGCUAUUGCCCAGAACUGCUUGAACUGAGAGAGGCUUAUGAUAGCAAACCAGUUAAACUAUGAAGUUGUUAUCAGUCCUUGGCUGCAGCAAGGUGCUUGGGUUGGAGUCUCAAAAUAUUACUAAAGCAUACAAAUGAGAAUGGGAAGAUGGAAACAGAGAACU